AUGGCACGAAUAGGCAAGUGCUUCGAAUGCAUUUUGCAAGGGGAAGUGAAUUUCAAGCACUUUCCUUCAUUUGUCGAGCGCCUCAGCGGACUGUGCGACGAGAAUGUUGUCAAAGAAGACAUUGCAUACAAAGAGUAUGUUUACAAUUUUGACGACAAAUGUCCUCAAUACAUUGCUGGCGUGCCUCACUACGAAGUUCGUGCGCGCCAUGUGUUUUCGGGCUCUACAACAUAUCAAGGAAAAGCUGUUGAAAUGCCGUCUGAUGGAGGACAAAAGUGGGAGUUACGAUAUAUUGGACGAUGGGAGCGCAAGAAAAUGUCUGAGCAUGUCGGCAGUGCCCCACUUGGCGUACCAUUUCGAAGCCAAAUUGCCGUGUCGGUUGGUCAAAACGUGCGCUCGUUUCUUGGAACGCUUGGGUUCCGACAUAGCUACAGAUACAUGCGUCUGGGGACACUUGAUCCACUUGGUUGUGAAUAA